GCACAGUUGAUGCUGCAGAGCUGAAACAAGAGAGAGGGGAACCAGAGAAAACUCUUUGCUGUGGCACUCAGUAAGAAGAAGAAGAAAAAAAACACCUCAUAGACACAGGAUCAGUGUCCAAUCACCAGUAAAAGUCAAGCAGAGAAACAGAAAGAAGACGGAGCACCAGUCUGUCCCCCAGCCUCAGCACCACAGGGAGGAGACACGCAGAGGAGGAAAGAUUCUCCUAAACACAGUGAGAGCCUCGGAUGAGGAGACCAGGAGAGCCGAGGGCAUAGGAUAGCCAGCAACAAUGGCAGCGCCAGACUUAUUGGACCCUAAAUCUGCCACUCACAACACUAAGCCCCGCCUCUCCUUCUCCACAAAGCCAAUUACACUGACUCCUCGGGAGGAAAGUGAGGUGGUUGCCACAGUGAUGAAGUGGAAGACGGUGACAGCCAUCUUUCUUUUGGUGGUUCUUUACCUGGUGAUGGGAGCUGCAGUCUUCAGAUCCCUGGAGCAGCCUCAUGAGAGUGCCCAGCGUUUGGCUAUCCUGUCCCAGAAGCUGGAGUUCCUUUCCAGUCACUCCUGUGUCAACCAGAGCCAGCUGGAGGAGCUGGUUAAGCAAGUUGUGUUGGCUAUCCGCUCAGGGGUGAACCCUGCAGGUACACUGAGCAACCACAGCAGUCUGUGGGACCUGAGCUCAGCCUUCUUCUUUGCAGGGACUGUCAUCACAACCAUUGGUUUCGGAAACAUCUCUCCUCACACUGAAGGUGGAAGGAUAUUCUGUAUUGUCUACGCUCUUCUGGGGAUACCUCUGUUUGGUUUCCUAUUGGCAGGUGUUGGAGAUCAACUCGGCACCAUCUUUGGCAAGGGCAUUGCCAAAGUGGAGAAGAUGUUUGUGCACUGGGACAUCAGUCAGACAAAGAUCCGGGUCAUAUCCACACUGCUGUUUGUGCUGUUUGGCUGCCUGCUGUUUGUGGCACUCCCAGCUGCCAUCUUUAAGCACAUCGAGGGCUGGUCUGCGCUGGAGUCCCUUUACUUUGUGGUUAUAACCUUAACAACUAUUGGAUUUGGGGACUUUGUGGCAGGUGGCUCAGAAAUAGAAUACCUGGACUAUUACAAACCAGUGGUAUGGUUUUGGAUUCUGGUGGGACUGGCCUAUUUUGCCGCUAUCCUCAGCAUGAUAGGGGAUUGGCUCAGAGUCAUCUCCAAGCGGACAAAGGAGGAGGUAGGGGAGAUCCGGGCUCAUGCCGCAGAGUGGACAGCCAAUGUCUCUGCAGAGUUUAAAGAAACCCGCCGUCGUGUUAGUGUUGAGAUCUACGACAAGUUCCAGCGUGCUGCGUCAAUUAAACGCAAACUGUCCUCUGAGCUGGGAUUCAGCUCAGCCCCUGAGCUCACUCUGCCCAGGCGGACUGUGUCCACCAACUUCAAUGAUGAGCGGGACAAGAAUGAGGAGGCUGGGUUGCAGGGCUUGUCGACCCCUCUGGCCAGAAACGGAGGUUUGCUUAUGAAUGGACUGGACCUGGAGAGAGGAGACAUCUCAAUCAUUGAACAUUUCAAGUAGAGAGAUUUACAGUGUUGGGCCCAGCAUUGCUGAAAUGAACUGUUUUCAAGUAACAAAGUAAUAAUGACAAUGUGGUACUUUUUGACACCUGCUUAGUAAUGAGUAAUUAGAUUUCAGAAAAGUUGCACCAGUGGGGAGAAUAAUUGGACUAAGCUUAUUUCAAACUAAAAAUGAAAAACAAAGUAAAAUUUUGUAAAAAAAAAAAAAAAAAAAAAAAAAAAAAGCUUUAAAAGUUUGAAAUGGAUUUUGGAAGAAGUUGAACACUUUUCUAGUCCAAAACCCUUUUGUCAAUAACAACAUAAAUAUUGACACAUUCACAGCAUCUCUGAAUAAUAUUCCACAUUAUAUCAUAACACAGUACGCAACACACAAUGCUACUAUUUACAAUAAUAUAGCUUUCAACAGAUAUCAUUAUUAGCUUCAUAUCCUUCAGUAUAGUAUGUAGUCUUAUUUAAGUUGUUUUCAGUAUGAGGAUGAUACAGAACAUGUAAAAGCAUGUCCAUGUUUGUUUGUUUGUUCCUUUUUUGCUCUGACUUUAUAACUUUUCAAUUUCAUUUUAGACUGGAGUUGGUAAGAGUUAUAAUGAUUGCAGCAAACCAAUGUUUUAUUAAAAAGUUGGAUGGCA